AUGGCCGGUGACUUGUUUCGGGCUAAGAUCUUCCAUUGGUUCGAGUUUGGGUCGGACAGCCACGCUGAAGGGGUAGUUGCUACAUCUCGCAUCUCCGCAGAUGCAUGUCGGCGAGGACAAAGCUUCACUGGCACCGGCUUCACUGCGCAGAGCAGCAAAGCCCUGCCCAUGGAUGCAACGAUAAAGCGGACGGAGGUUACCUCGUCGUCAAGCCACCUGAACAAGCGCAGCGAUCAGUGUGAUGGAGUGUCGGUGAGACAGUGCCUGGAACUGAAGCUCCUCGGCGCGCCCUAG